AUGACUGCGACGUUAUUCGGUGCGUGGGCAGAGCUUAGGACUACGCUGAUUUCUGACCGAGUGCCUAGGAACUUCUCUAUAAUCGCCCACAUUGCCAGAGUGCGCGCCACAUCGCUUAUAACCCGCUUCCAGAUGACCGGCACCAUACAGAAGAAGCAAUCCGGCAAGAACGAGCAGGUCCUUGACAAACUCAAAGUCGAGCGUGAGCGCGGAAUUACAGUGAAGGCGCAAACAGCAACCAUGUUCCACGACGUCGACGGCCGGCGACAUAUGCUGAACCUCAUCGAUACGCCGGGUCACGUCGACUUCUCCUGGGAAGUCUCGCGCUCCCUCGCCGCUUGUCAGGGUGCAUUGCUGCUCGUCGACGCCAGUCAGGGCGUUCAAGCGCAAUCCAUUAGUGUCUUCCAUAUCGCGAAAGAGCGUGGGUUGACCAUUAUACCCGUUCUGAAUAAGGUCGACCUCCCCGCAGCGCAACCCGAGCGCAUCGCAGACCAGAUGGCAUCCACCUUCGGCAUCGACCCUACAUCUUGCAUUCACAUCUCGGCGAAGACGGGGUUGGGCGUGGAGAAGGUGCUGCAGGCGAUCAUCGAGAGGAUACCGCCGCCGAAGGCGCCGAGUGAGGGCCCAUUGAAGGCGUUGUUGUUUGACUCGCUGUAUGACCGGUAUAGAGGGGUGAUUUCGCUGCUGAGCAUACAGCAAGGGGUGUUGAGGAAAGGCGACAAGAUACAAUCUACCCACACGCGCAAACGCUACGAGGUGACCGAGCUCGGGAUCAUGCAUCCCGAGGAGAUGCCUGCGACAGGCUUGUUCCCGGGACAAGUGGGCUAUAUAGCGUGCAACAUGAAAGAGAGCGCGGAAGCCCACAUCGGUGACACCCUCCACCGCGUCGGGGCGCCCGUCGACCCCAUGCCCGGCUUCCGCCCCGCCAAAGCCAUGGUCUUCGCUGGCGUCUUCCCCAUCGACAACGCCGACUUCCCAAAGCUCGAGGAGUCCAUACGCCGCCUCACGCUCACCGACCGCAGCAUCGCCGUGCAGCGCGAGUCGUCGAGCGCGCUCGGGCAGGGUUGCCGCCUGGGCUUCCUGGGGACGCUGCACAUGGACGUGUUUCGGCAGCGGCUGGAGGACGAGUACGAUGCGAGCGUGAUUGUGACGGCGCCUACGGUGCCGUUCAAGGUGGUGUGGAAGGAUGGGAAGGAGACGCUGAUUAGCAAUCCGACGGAGUUCCCGGAUAUGGAGGCGAUGGUGUUCAAGAUUAAGGAGGUGCAGGAGCCGGUGGUGAACGCGUCGAUUAUUGUGCCGGAAGAGUACAUGGGCGACAUGAUGGACCUCUGCUUCUCCAAGCGCGGGUCUAAUCUGGAGCACAAGUACCUUGACGCGGGAACGAGCACAUCUGCGCGGAUCAUGAUCACUUGCACGCUGCCGUUGUCGGAAAUUGUGACCGACUUCUUCGACCAGCUGAAGAGCAGGAGUUCGGGCUUUGCAAGCUUUGACUACGAGGACGCCGGUUACGAAGCGAGCGACCUAUGCAAGAUGCAGUUCUUGUUGAACAACAGACCGGUCGAUGCGCUCGCGCUGAUCGUGCACCGGUCAAACGUCGAUGCAGUGGGGCGUGCCUGGGUGAAGAAGCUUCACAAGGUCAUUCCGCGACAAUUGUUCGAAGUGCCGAUUCAGGCUGUCAUUGGCAAACGGGUCAUUGCGCGAGAGACCCUCAGCCAGAUGCGGGCAGACGUGACGGCUGGUCUCUACGGAGGGCACUACGAGCGCAAGCUCAAGCACUUGAACAACCAGAAGGAGGGCAAGAAAAAGAUGAAAAAGAUAGGAAAGGUGGAUCUGCCGCAGGAGGCUUUCUUUGACAUCCUUAGAAAGUAG